CCAAACUCCAAGCAUACGAUCAGGUAGCCAAACCACACCACCAUAAAGCUAGCUUGCAAAGGGGAUAGAGUAGUAGAGAGAGAGAGAGAGGAGAGGAGGAGGAAGAAGAUGGGGAGGGGGAAGGUGGAGCUGAAGCGGAUCGAGAACAAGAUCAGCCGGCAGGUGACGUUCGCCAAGCGCAGGAACGGCCUGCUCAAGAAGGCCUACGAGCUCUCCCUCCUCUGCGACGCCGAGGUCGCCCUCAUCAUCUUCUCCGGCCGCGGCCGCCUCUUCGAGUUCUCCAGCUCAUCAUGCAUGUACAAAACCUUGGAGAGGUACCGCAGCUGCAACUACAACUCACAGGAUGCAGCAGCUCCAGAAAACGAAAUUAAUUACCAAGAAUACCUGAAGCUGAAAACAAGAGUUGAAUUUCUUCAAACCACACAGAGAAAUAUUCUUGGUGAGGAUUUGGGCCCACUAAGCAUGAAGGAGCUGGAGCAGCUUGAGAACCAGAUAGAAGUAUCCCUCAAACAAAUCAGGUCAAGAAAGAACCAAGCACUGCUUGAUCAGCUGUUUGAUCUGAAGAGCAAGGAGCAACAGCUGCAAGAUCUCAACAAAGACUUGAGGAAAAAGUUACAGGAAACCAGUGCAGAGAAUGUGCUCCAUAUGUCCUGGCAAGAUGGUGGUGGGCACAGCGGUUCUAGCACUGUUCUUGCUGAUCAGCCUCAUCACCAUCAGGGUCUUCUCCACCCUCACCCAGAUCAGGGUGACCAUUCCCUGCAGAUUGGGUAUCAUCACCCUCAUGCUCACCAUCACCAGGCCUACAUGGACCAUCUGAGCAAUGAAGCAGCAGACAUGGUUGCUCAUCACCCCAAUGAACACAUCCCAUCCGGCUGGAUAUGAUGUGUGUGUUCAGUUCAGGCUUCAGGCUUCAGAGAAGCCAAUGCAAACAGUGUCCUGUAAUCCAGUAAUUACAGGGCAUAUGUAAUGUAAUGUAAUGUAAUCCCUGAUCUAUAUUUUGCUAAGUACGUGCGUGCUCUCUUACGACCUUCUCCCCCAAACAGUUAAUCAGGGGAAUAAUAAUUUCGUUUGAUGCACGUACUGUAUGUCUGUAUCUGUCACUGUAUCGUAGGACCGUCCAUGUAUAACAAUUUCCGUUUUGGAUGUGGUAACAAGUUAAUUGGCACUUAAAUUUAUAUUUGUGAUGAUC